AUGGCCGCCAUCUAUGCCGUCUACACCUCCCCGACCCACCCACCGAUACCCAACCAUCUCCCGACCCUCAUCGUCACCCCCCACGGUCAACCCUCGAACAUCCUCUACUCGUAUCUCCACACAAACUUUAAUGCCGAGAACUACCUCUUGACGCCCUCUCCCCAAGGCGACCUCUGCGUUGCCAAGCUCUUCCCGCCGCGCCCAAACUCCAAUGUCCCAGGCAAGGCCACAGCGUCCGACCCAGGUCACUCGCACUCCUCGUCCAGCACACGGAUCGUCCGCUGCGAAGCCUCUCGCAACCUCAAAUGGUCCAUCACGAACACAGGCGUCAUCUCUCCCAUCUACAAGCUCUCUCUUCCUGCCCCAGACUCUCCAGACCUCCCCCUCUUCCAGGUCUCCAAACCGAACCCGAAUGCCGCUUUCUGGAGCAUGUUCUACUUCGCCUAUGCCGGCCACAACAUCCCACCAAAGCGCAUCGAAUUCGGAAAGAUACAGAAGAACCCGCCCGGUCCGAACGGCGGUGGCACAAGGAUCACCAUCUCUGGGAAGACGCCAGAGGAGAAGGCGGUCUGGCAGACCCUCGGUGAGGGCAACGAAGACUGUGUCGAAUGGGUCGUCCUCUGCGCAGCUCUCAAUCUCCUCGACGAUGAGAUAAUCAAAGCAGCAGAGAAGAAUCCGCCUCAGCCUGCUGCGUCCCCCAUGCCAAACGGUCCACCGAUGCCAGGCCCAUCUCCAGGAGGAGGAGGCGGUCCCCCCUCCGUGCACGGUCGUGCUCCAGUCUCCCUCCGCGACCCCGGUGCCGCCCCUCCUCCCCAACAACACCCGCCACCCCCUCAACCGCACCAGAUGCCCCCUCCCCAACAACACCGUGGCCCACCGCCACCCAACGCCGGCCGUGGUUACCCCCCACCCGGUCCAGGGGGCCCAGGGGGCCCACCACAUGGCGGUUUCGCCCCUCCUCCGCACGGCGGCGGUCGCCCUGGAAUGAUGCCCCCCGCCGGCUCGUUCCCGCCUAACCCGAACAUGCAGGGACGGGGGCCGCCGAAUGGGUACCCUCAGCCGCAACAGUUUCCUAACCCCGCGCCUGGGAGCAUGUUCAAUGCGCAUCCGGGACAACAUCCGGGGCCACACCAGGGUCAGCCGCAUCCGCAUCAGCAGCAGCAGCAGGUCCCUGUCAGACGAUUCUAA